CACUGACUGAAUCCAACCAAUAACAAAACGUUUUAUUCUGAGGUCGGUGUCUUCGUGUGCGCUCUAUCUUCCGGUGGGCACUGUUCAAGAUUUGUCCUCCAGCUCGAGACAAACUCUUCGAUGCGAUGGGUGUAUUGAAUGCUCUUCGAAGGGGCCUUGUGAGAGGAGCAGAUCGUAUGGCUGAAUUCACCAGCAAGCGUGGCUCAAGGACUCACUACAAAGGCAGAGGGGCACAGCCAACGGGAGUACUGACCUCCAGCAGAAAAUUUGUUCCAGUACAGGCAAUGAUCCCUCAGUUUGUGGUGCCWRACUUGGAGGGAUUCAAACUCAAGCCCUACGUGUCGUACCGCACCCCGGCUGGAACGGAGCCCGCUGUCACCCCUGAGGGUCUGUUCUCUGAGACKGUGGCCCCACAGAUCCAGAAAGACUUUGAGGAAGGCUCCUUUGAUAAGGAACAGCUGGAGAAAUACGGGUUUGAACCCACACAGGAAGGAAAGUUAUUCAAACUCUACCCCAAGAACUUUAUACGAUAAGUAGUCCACCAAAUAUUAUCCAUCUGGAACUCUUGAGUGUUAAGGAUCAUUGACUUAUUUUGUUUGUGUUGGGAGAUGUGUGUUGGGAGGUCAAGAGGUUGUUUUACUGGACCCUGGUGUAUUGUGAAUGUGCUUGCUGAAWGUACUAGUAUGUGCACUUCUUAUUAAAACAUGUAUAUUAUG